AUGGUAGAUAUCAUUCCGGAUAUUGCUGUUAAAGCGGAAGGGAGAGGUGAUGUGACUGCAGAUUAUUUUCCUACAUUUCGUCAUUUCAUUAUUAUUGAUCGAGAUGGGGACAAUAAACCGUACAGAGGAGCCUGGAAAUAUUCAGAUGUGAUAAAAAUGGGUACUGAAGAAGAUCGAUUAAAAUUGGCCGACAUUGAACGACAGAUACGACCGGAUGAUCCAGUCAAUAUACAGUAUACCAGUGGUACUACCGGACAACCAAAAGGAGCUACCUUAACUCAUCACAAUGUUGUAAAUAAUGCAUAUUUCGUUGGGCGACGUGCUGGUUACAAUGAAAAGCGUACAAUAAUUUGUAUUCCGAAUCCAUUGUAUCAUUGUUUCGGUUGUGUUAUGGGUAGUUUGAGUGCAUGUGUUCAUUUGCAAACUUGCGUAUUUCCAGCGCCAUCCUUCGAUGCUCUAGCUGCUAUUCAAGCUAUACAUGAAGAAAAGUUAGUUUGA